AUGGCAUCAAAUCAAUUCACCGUCGCUUCACCGCCGUCCGACGCCAUCUCGGCGCUGAAGUUCUCCCCCGAUCCCAAUUCGACGCGAUUCGUGGUAUCGUCAUGGGAUAAGAACGUCUACCUGUACGAGCUGCGCGACGAGAACGGAAAUGUCGGGGAGGGCAAGCUGUUACAAACAUUCGAGCAUCGCGCCCCGGUGCUGGACGUGUGCUUUGGCGCAAACGAGGAUGAGAUCUACACGGCUGGAUUGGACUGGGACGUCAAGAAAAUCGACAUCGCCUCGUCGACCCAAACAGUACUGAGCAGCCACGACGCCGGCGUCCGAAGCGUUGUCUACAGCAAGGAACACAGCCUGGUGAUCUCGGCCUCCUGGGAUUCGACAUUACAUGUGCACCGCACUGACGGCACCGACUCCAUACCCGCGAUCAUCCCCCUCCCCUCCAAGCCCUUUUCCAUGUCCCUCACCGCCACGAAACUGGUCGUCGCCAUGGCCUCGCGCGCGCUGAAUAUCUACGAUCUGAAAGCCCUGGCGCUGCUCACGGCGCAGGCGGAGGGGGCGGUCCCGAACAAGGUCGAGGUGGAGCCGUGGCAGCGGCGGGAGAGCAGUCUCAAGUUCAUGACGCGCAGCGUAGCCUGCAUGCCGGACGAUGCGGGAUAUGCGUCGUCGAGCAUCGAAGGGCGCGUGGCGGUGGAGUGGUUCGACCCGUCCGCCGAGUCGCAGGCGCGGAAGUACGCGUUCAAGUGUCAUCGACAGACGGCGGAUGAUGUGGACGUGGUGUUCCCGGUGAACUCGCUGUCGUUCCAUCCGGUUCACGGCACCUUUGCGUCGGGCGGCGGGGACGGAGUGGUCGCUCUGUGGGAUGGCAUCGCGAAGAGGAGAAUCCGACAGUACCAGAAGUACCCGUCGAGCGUGGCCGCGGUGGACUUUAGCAGCAACGGAAAGUAUCUGGCGGUGGCCAUCAGCCCCGGGUUUGAAGAUGGAAAGGACGACGUGGCCGAGGGCACGGUUGCGAUCUACGUGCGAGAGCUGGGAGAGACGGAGGCGAAGGGGAAGGGCGCUAAAUAA